CCAACCACGGUCCACGGGAAACGAGAGGAUCGAAUACAUGUGCCCUGGUCAUCUGCGGAAGAAUGGCUUCAAGUUUACAAGCAGAUUUAUUCUGGCGAUUUGACAGAGCAAAACAAAGCCUACGAGACUCUCCUCGUGUGGAAAGCAAGGAUAACCAAAUUACCCGUUGGCAUAGAAUGCACACUAAAUUUAUUACAAGUUUGUCUACGGGAUAGAGAAUGGACUCCAAAAAUUUACACUGGUAAAAUUCCAGUAUCCUAUGAAAACGACUUACGUAUGCUGUAUUCGACUGUAAUCAUGAAGUUUUUAAAUUACGUUUCUAAUAUUGCCAACAAUAAACAAACAUCUCUCUUUGUUGUGGCAAAACAAAUGAAUAUUCCUGAUUGGAUUGUUGACCUCAGACAUGAUGUAGCUCAUGGUCAUGAAUUGCCAUCAAUUGAUGUUAUGAGAGUUGUAGCCAAUAUAUUACUGUCUUGGGUGCAUGAAGAAUAUUGGGCAGAAGAAGCUAAAAAUUUUGAAGAAUCUGAAGAUGCAUCUGGUGAAAAAUGUUUUGAAGACGAGGAUAAUUUUAUUAAUUUAAUUGAACUGUGGAUAGCAGUUAAACUAUACUUGAAGACAGACCACGUUCUAAUAUCAGAUCUUCCGGAUACUGAAAUAAGGGACACUUUGAAUAAUUCACUAGCUCGGCUUAACGCCAGUGAUAGCUCUAAAGGGAUAGCAUUAACCAUUAGUGAUGAUACAGAGCUUACAACUGUAUCAUUGUUGUUACUGUCCGAAAUCUCAAAAAAUUUCAACAGAGGUGAUUCUCUGAUAAAAAGAGAAAAAAUGAUAAUCGAUUUAAUAGUUAAUAACGAGGCAUUUCUAACAAAUUCCGAAAUUUUAUCGAUAUUUCUCAACGACGAGAACGUGAAAAAUUGCUUGCCACAUUCAUUGAUAGAAUUUUGGAAAGAUUUGCUUCUUUUAUUGCAAGAAAAAAAAAUGUUGCUAUCUUUAUUUUUACAUCUACUAGAAAUGGUUAACAAAGAAAAAGAUUCCGACAGAAAACUUUUGAUUUCUUUAUGGAUAAAAUGUAUUGCUCAAGCUUACAACAGACAAAAAAUAGCCAGAAACAUAUUUCAAACUUUGGAGCAAAAAUACGAUCACGAAAAUCAAAAAAAGUCGGUAAGAGAUAUUUUAAAAGCUGUACAAAAGGAAGUCGAUAAAAACUAUCCAGAAUUUAAAAGUGUUCUAUGUCUCAAUGUGAAUGGCAAUUUUCCAAAGUGUUUGACAGACGAAAAAUUCAUAAGACGUUUAGUUUUAAAUUUCAACGAAUAUUCAGAACACUACUUGCCUGAGAUACUAAAAAUAUCUUCGUUUCUCGAAUGCGAUGCUGCUGCUAAAGAAAAGAUACUAGCUCUUAUAAAAAUAAACUCGACAACUGAAAACAAUGAUAAUAUGGAUUUUGACGAAGUAGAAGAAGAGGAUAAAAUAUUUACAGUCAAAGAUUUACAAAAAAUCGACAAGUCAAAAGAAGACAUUUCAAAAAAAACUAAGUGCCACAAAGACUUGGGAGAUUGCAAGAUACGUAAUAAGGACUGGAAAAUUGCGUCAAAUGAAUAUGACUGGAGCACGUGUCCAAUUGGAAUACUGCCAUGGCAAACGGAAGAUGUUCAAUCAGACAAACUACUUACGGUUUCACCAUCGGAAGUUCAUUAUGCCAUUGUCAAGAAUUUGGAACUUCCAAAGAUCGUUGAUUCCACCAAGCUUAAACUCCACAGUAAAAUUAAAUGGGAAAAUCUGCUGAAAAAAAAGAAAAAAACCAAAAGGAAAUCGAAGCUCGAUAGUUCAGUAGCAGCGGAAGUUGACCAAUGUGUGGGCAACACAGAAGUGCUGGAAAAUAACGCUUAAUUGUGAGCUUAAAAAGUACGUUCAAAUUGUAUAAUAUUACCUCAAAACAAUUUAUGAAAUUUUAAUGUAUUUUCUUUCAAAUUUUUGAAACGAAAAUUUUGUUUGAAUAUCUUGGAUCAUCGAUAAUAUGGGUUGGAAAAUAUUAAA